AUGGCUGACCGAGGAGCAAGCUCUCGCGGCGGUGGUUUCGGAUCCCGAGGCGGUGACCGCGGUCGUGGACGUGGACGUGGCCGUGGUCGUGGUCGCGGCAAGAACGAGGAGAAGGAGUGGCAGCCCGUCACCAAGCUCGGUCGAUUGGUUAAGGCCGGCAAGAUCAACAGCAUGGAGGAGAUCUACCUGCACUCUCUGCCCAUCAAGGAGUACCAGAUUGUCGACAACUUCCUGCCCAAGCUCAAGGAUGAGGUCAUGAAGAUCAAGCCCGUCCAGAAGCAGACCCGUGCCGGUCAGCGAACCCGAUUCAAGGCCAUUGUCAUCAUUGGUGACUCCGAGGGCCACGUCGGUCUCGGUAUCAAGACCUCCAAGGAGGUUGCUACCGCCAUCCGUGCCGCCAUCAUCAUCGCUAAGCUCAGCGUCAUCCCCGUCCGACGAGGUUACUGGGGUACCAACCUUGGACAGCCUCACUCCCUGCCCUGCAAGGAGUCCGGCAAGUGCGGUUCCGUCACCGUCCGCCUCAUCCCCGCUCCCCGUGGUACUGGCCUCGUUGCCUCUCCCGCUGUCAAGCGAUUCCUCCAGCUCGCCGGUGUCGAGGACGCCUACACCUCCUCCGCCGGUUCCACAAAGACCCUCGAGAACACCCUCAAGGCUACAUUCGUGGCUGUCUCCAACACCUACGGUUUCCUCACCCCCAGUCUCUGGAAGGAGACCAAGCUCAUCAAGAGCCCUCUGGACGAGUACGCCGAUACUCUGCGGGAGGGUAAGCGAUACUAG